AUGGCCAGGGCCUUGGUGGCCUUCUACCCUCUGGCCGGCCGCCUUGGCGUCGACGAGGACGGCGACGGUGCUGCCAUAGAGCUCCCCAUCCACGACCGCGCUCUUCUCCGUCCACGGUCCCCGCCUGUGGUCCACCCGGACGCGCUCUCCGUGUUGUACUCCAGGGCCGCCUUGUGUGAACCGUCGGGACGACCAAACGCCGUCGAGGUGUUUCCCAUCUCCAGGGACCAGCUGUGCGCGGCCGUCGCGCGGUGGCUUCCCCCCGACGCCGUCGCACGCCUCACCUUCCCGGUCAACAUCCGACGGCGAGGGGUGAGGCCGCCGCUCCCGGCCCGCUACUUCGGCAAAGCGUUGGUCGAGCUGUGCACAGCCGGCGCGGCACGUGAGAUCGCCUCGGAGGCGCUGGCAUCUGUUGCCUACCGCGUCAGCCGCGCCCUCGCGACGCUGGACGACGACGGCGAGCUGGUGCGGUCUGCGAUCGAUUAUCUCGAGCUGUUCCAGACGGGCAGCCGGCCGGUGAGGGGCAGCAUGCUGGAGACGGAGCUUCGGGUAAUCAGCUGGCUCAACCUGCCGGCGUACGACGCGGAUUUCGGCUGCGGGCGUCCAAGGUGGAUGUCACGGGCGGAGUCCGUCCGCGGCGGGUUCGUGAUUAUCAUGAACAAUGGUCCCCAAGAGCACGACGCCGUCCGCGUCAUCAUGUGCAUGGAGGCUGCAAACAUCAACGAGUUCGGACUGCUGCUUUACGCCAGCAUUGCAAACCACGCAUCAAAGCUCUAG